AGGGCGCAAGCGCAAUAGGAGGCGGAAGUAGGAAGUAGGGAAGGAGAGGGAAAGGGGCCUGGCCAGGCUGCGCCAAGGGUAGCGCGCUCCUCCUCCUCCUCCUAGCGCGGGAGGCUUCCAGAGGCCGUACCUAGGCUAGCCUAGCCCAGGCUCCUCCCCUCCCCGCCCCCUGUCCCAGAGCCGACACUGGCUGCCUUGUCCUCUGCCCGCUGAGAUGGCACUCGACCCCGCAGAGCAACAUCUUAGACAUGUCGAAAAAGAUGUUUUGAUCCCUAAAAUAAUGAGAGAAAAGGCCAGAGAGAGGUGUUCUGAACAAGUUCAAGGGUACGGGAGAAGGCAGAGCAGCAGAUUUUACCGAAUGUUGCAAGAACUCUGGACUCCUUAUGGUAGUAAAAUGCCGAAAAGAAAACUCUGCAUUGAAAGAAUGUCUAACUACUUACUAUAAUGAUCCAGUCUUUUACGAAGAAUGCAAAAUGGAAUACUUGAAGGAAAGGGAAGAAUUUAGAAAAACUGGAAUUCCUACCAAGAAAAGGCUACAGAAGCUUCCCACGAGCAUGUAGGCAAAUAUUCCAGUGAUACUCAGGAACUCUAAUAUUUAUGGAAGUCAUUCAUAGUAUAAAUCAAUGGAAAUAAAUAAAUCAGCACUCAAGAAUGUGUGUUUGCUUCAUCCUAAUUAUGGAAUAUUAAUUUUACCUGAAAUAAAGAUUUUUUUAUUUCAAA